AUGUCUAUCUUCGAUUUAGAAACCGAUGAUCAAAUUAAGGAAUUUAUGCAAGGUGAAGGAAAAAAUAUUAGAAAACCGUAUGUGGAAUUAAGUCGCCGUAUUCCCAACUUCUCUUCUAAACAAUUAUGUAAUAGGUGGAAUUAUAAACUUAAUCCUCGCCUCAACCCCUCUACUACAAAUACAACAAUUGCCUUCUCUAAUGUCCCUAUUCUUCGACCACGUUAG